AAUCCGUCGCGUUUCUAGCUGACCUGCUCAUGCGUCCCCUGCCAGUGGAUCUACUACCCAUCAUUGCCGCGGCUCAAUUCUAGCUCUCACAGCGAUACGUUGCCGCUCUUGUAAUCUGCCCGCGCGCCCCACGGCGUGCUUGGCUAUGUGUGUUCGCGGCGGCGGAACAGCUCCCAUGCACAUUGAGCGUUUUUUCAUGAAUGUAAUUGUGUGGAGAAAUUGUCGACGCUGGUAUUGAGCUUCGAUAGUAGUUUGGUGUUCGGUAUCUCCUUAGGUGUCUGCCUGUUGCGGAGUAAGGGAAACAACGGUUGGUUUGGAGUGGGUCUGCGGGUGCACGGUUGCUGGAUCCUGGCUGUGUGAGUAGUGGCAGCCAGUUGGAGUAGAAUUUUGGGAUCGGUGUUGGUUUUCCUUAGCGAUCUUGGACGAGUCGAGUUAGGUUUGUGGCGGGAUUUGCACGAGUAGGGAGUGUAUGAUGGGAAUUGCAUUGUGUUGUUUGCCCGUGACGGGUUGCGUGCGGAGAUAUGAGUAUGAGGCGGAAUCUGAGCGUCGCGGCAGUUGGGGAGCUGCGCGCUGGAGAGCCUGCUGAUACGGCGCUGAGCUCGAAUUGCUGAAGAUCAAUCAACACGGCGACGGAGCGGAUUGUGUUUUUUCAGAGGAUGUGACGCCACGGCUGGUUCUGGCAUUGUGCUUCAGAGACGUAAUGCGACAGAGUUGCAGUUUUCUUUUUUCUUUUUUCUUUUUUUUAUUCCCUUGUCCUUCAGAAACUUGAUUUGGCAGUGGCGUAGAAGGAGAGCAUUACGCAAGAACUGGAGUCAAUACCUUAUCGCCUGAAACGCCGGAAUUUUAGAAGAUGGAUUUUGAAAGGGUCGGCUUUGUCGUUAUCGUAGCGAUCCUGUGUGGCGCUUGUAUGAGUCCUUUUGCCGCUGCUCAAACUGGAGGCCCAUUUGCGAUUCGGAUAGCGUGUGGUUCCACAGUCGACUCAGUUGCAAACGAGACCGGCUACGCUUGGUCGAAAGACACUGGCUACUCAGGGGGAAAGGGUGCCGCUGCGCCUGCAACGAACCGAAUUGCGGGACACCUGCACACACUUCGCUACUUCGAAAGCACAGAUGGACCUCAGAGCUGCUACAACAUUAGCGUCCCGAGUGGCCACUACUUGACGAGGUUUUUCUUCACGUUUGGAGAAACUGAUAAUGCGGGACAGGAGCCAGUUUUUGAAGUUUCUGUAGAGGGAACGCUGGUGUAUUCGUUGACGUCAGGGUGGAGUUCAAUGGUCGACAACGAGUAUGGAGACUCGCUCCUUCACAUCACGGACGGAGCAGCGACGAUUUGUUUUCAUAGCUCGGGUCACGGGAACCCCGCCAUUGGCUCACUCGAGAUUUUACAAUUAUACGUGGAUGCCUACAAUAUGGGAUCAUCGGCGAAUUUGAAUGUGGUUAUGCGAACUAUCAAGAGAGUGACAGCGGGCGCAGCGCAAUCUGGAUACGGCUCGCGGAUGCACGCCGACGCGUGGGGUGGCGACCGCUACUGGGCCACAGACCAGACACUUUUCGCCCCCGGGUCUCCAAUUGGUGUCCUGCGCACUGAAGCCAACAUCAGCAACUUCGGUAAUCCGCCGAACAUUUACCCGCAAGCGAUAUACCAAUCCGCGACCACGACGGAGCCAUCGAACAAGCUCUCGUACAUCGUUCCUGUCCAGCCGGGCCAGAACUACUCCAUUUGGUUGCACUUCGCGGAGAUUGCACCAGAGGUCACUGGUCCUGGUAUGCGAGUGUUCAAUGUGAUGGCCAAUGACGCUCUCCUGUUUCCAGCUGUUGACAUCGUGAACAUAACCGGAUCGCCAUUCCGAGCUCUCAUCCUGAACAAGACGAUCACGGCCGAGAGCAGAACCCUAACGAUCAGCUUUGUUCCGCUUAAGGGGUCGGUUGCUGUGAACGCGUUUGAAGUCUUCCACGUUAUUCCGCGCGAGUAUGCUUCCUUUGACGAGAAUGUGUGGGCGCUUCAGGCUAUCAAACAAAGCCAGAAUUUACCUCCACGUUUGGGAUGGAACGGAGACCCAUGUGUUCCACCAGUGCAUCCUUGGAUUGGCGUGAAGUGUGUAUUCGACGCUCUAGCCGGUGCUUGGUUCGUUUCCUCCCUAGCUUUGGAUCAGCAGGGCGUUGGAGGUGUGCUUGGUGACGCUUGGGUCGGCCUGCGGCAACUUCAAUCGCUAAAUUUGAGCAAAAAUCUGUUGGUUGGAGAGAUUCCUUCGUCGUUCGGCAACAUGAGCUCCCUUACCUCUUUGGACCUCUCGCACAACCGUCUGAAUGGAUCUAUUCCUUCCACUCUCGGUCAACUGGUUAUCCUCAAAGAAUUGUUGCUGAAUGACAAUCUUCUAAGUGGAGAAGUGCCGCCGGCUUUGGGAGCGCUUCUAAUCCGCGGUGCAAGCUUGAACGUUGCUAAUAAUCCUGGUCUUUGCGGCGUUGGAAUAGGACCGUGCACGCAUAUGUCGGCCUCUGAGAAGUUAGCCCUUAUAUUAUCGCUCGUUAUCGGCUCUGCAAUUCUUGCCUCCUGUGCCAUGUUCCUCUGGAUAAAGCACAAGGCCAGUUCCCGAGGUGCUCAACGAUUACCCCGUGAUGCGCCGUACGCCAAGGCACGCACAACGUUCGUGCGCGAUGUGCAGAUGGCCAGGAGCAUGCUUCAGAAUCAUUUCAGCCGCCCCGCACCUACUUAUACGGAAGCUACCCCCUUAAAUCCUCAUUGAACCAACGAGUAGGCCAUUUACAUAAUUGAAUUGAAUUCAGCUGUAAAUGCACUAGCGAUUCGCUGUCAUUAACAAUUUGGUCCGGUGACAGUGCUCAAAUGAUCUGGCUCUGUCGCCUCUCAUGUUCCAGCGAAUCAAUGCGCAAGGCUCGUCUCUUUCCUACCGGCAAACUUUCUCAGGUUUGUACAUAACGAAAUUCUUUCGCAAAUUUAAGAAGUUUCUGAUCAAUCUCGCCUCAUCCCUCGGAAGGAGACGGACGCAUGUAUGUGCUCUAGGUAUCUUGCAGCGUACGUGUUUUCCUGACGUAGACAAACAUUUCGAUUUAAAAUUUAAAAUUUAAAAAUAUAUAUUUCUUUGUCUUAGAAGGCACAGAAAAAUGUUAGAAGUUCUUACUUCUGCAGAAGAAGGAGAAAUCAGUUUAUUGAGAAAUUUACACAAGUAAAUGCAUUCGUAACUUGUAUGUGAUUUCCACCGAGAAAUCGCAAAGGUAAUAAUCACCUUCGCAGAAUGUCUUGAAUCAAUCAUUCCUUCACUCUUUGUGAGGAUAAGAAUGGA